UCUGAUAUGCGACCCUGGAGCCCCGACGUGCCGACAGUCUGAUGUCCCAUCAUCUCCAUUGACCACUGGAACCCGUUCAUUCCCCCCUGCUUUUCCAUCGUAUCUUUUUUUGCCCGUCACGAAGCUUGUUCGACUCUCGAAUUCCGAGCCGAUACUAGCGCACCCAUCCAUCCACCCAUUGAGACAGCUCCAUUCUCGUUCACACUUGUAUCUCUGUGUCGUUCCGUCACGGAAUCAACUUGGUUCUUUCUUUGUUCUGGCCUAAUCUGUUCUGCUCGAACUGCUUUCAAUCUCGGCAACGCCCUUCACGAUCAAUCGAGUCAAGUCGUCGUCCAUCAUCACCGUCGAGACGACAACGACAACGACAACGACAACGAUAACGAAACCAUGGCUAACUAGGCAUUCGGUCGCACCGAUUCUUCUCUCUCUCACUGUCCACCUCGCUCUCGGCUUGCGGACUUCCGCAGGUUUACUCGAUUGCAUUACAUCAACAACAUGAUUUGUAGUUUCACGCAAUGGACGAUCCAUGGGGCUCCCCGUGGGCAACUACCGACACCACAACUGCGCCGUCUACCAGUCCCUCCAAGGACAUCCUCGAACCUCCGCCUCCCGCCUUCCUUUCCACUCCGAACAACCUAAACAUACCCUCCAGUCACUCGGCAUGGCUUGAUGACGAUGCCUUCGGCGACUGGGCCUCCCCCGAUCCAGGGCAGGCUAGCAACUCUUCGCCCUGGACUUGGGGGAACGAGGCUGCCCCAAUCGAGGGCCUGACACCGAGCUACGAGCCCAGACGAAAGAGCAGCACCCCCAAAUGGCCCCGAAGCAGAUCGCCAUCGCCGGGCCGUAGACCGACGUUGACCCCCAACACCGCCUCUCCCAAUCAGCCUUCGCCGGAUCCAUGGGCAAAUCAUGUUUCGACAUACACGAGGGAUGAACCCGAGCCUCUGGCACAACUGCCCCAGAUACCCGACGUGCCACCACUCGUGCUCGAACCAGCACACGUGGGCUUGGGGUUGUCGAAUACUCUCAAUGCUUCGGAACAAGGCCUCUUCGCACAUGAGCCAAUUACCACUCAGUUCACCGAACCGACCCCCGAAUCUACACAAGAACAGCUACAAUUCAGCGACACGCCAAUCUUUGACCGUUUCCCUGCCGUCGACGAGCAGGCUGGCGACGCCGGCCCGUCCUCCGCUUCGGCACCAUCCGAGGAUGGCGACGACAACGAGGAGGCUCAAGACGCCAGACAUGCUGACUCUCCCAUAACGUCUAUCGAAGAAGACAGUGCGGCUCCCAAUAUGUCGCAAAGGAAAGUAUCAGGCAAGGUUCUUGAGCUCGUUGGGAUGUACGACGGAAUAGCAAAGCGAACAAUAAAAACACCCGAGUUGAUAGUAGCACGGCGCAGCACAAGUCGGGAGCUCGAGGCGACCGUGCAGGAGGCUCGGGAUCGGGCUACUGAAGUGGACGAUUUGCCAGAGACCGAGAAGGCGGCGCCUCCCCGAAUCUCGACAGAGUCGGACCCAGACAAUUUGCCCAAGAACGGUAACGAAGUGGCGGGACACGUCGACGAGCAGGACAAACCAAUACGGCCAGACCACGACCCUUUUGAGACCGACCUUGGCAAACUCGACAUACUCUUACCCGAUGCCUCGCUAGAUGGAUCGGAAUUACCUGAGGAUGUGCCGGACCGGAUUAUCCACGAUAGCUUCACGAGUAUUUCUGAGCGCAAGAUGUGGUACAGACUUUCCCGGAACGAAUCCCUUCGCAAACACAAUGCGGGCGACGACGAAAACUACGUCCGCAUCAACUGGACAAACUCGACGCUGCGCCAAGAUACGUUGAAAACCGUCCGGCGCUGGAUAGAAGAAGACUCGUUCGGCGGGCGAGCCUUCCGUAGGGGAUCGACGCGAAAUGCAGGCGGCGGCAAGAGUUUUGGUUGGGACGCAACCACGGCGGCAUCCCCUGUCGAUCUCGACAGGGUAUUUGGUCGCAAGCAGAAGCUAAAGGCGACGGUCCAUAGACCGACACAUUCAAUAGGCGGUUUACCCUCUUUAUCGACAGCUCCCAUGGUGCCUAGCUCAGCGGGAAACACGCCACUUUCAUCAAGACCGAACGGCACGUGGGAAGGUAAUGCAACUUUCGGCUGGAGUAACGAGGCAGACGGCGGCGGCACGAAAGCAGAAACAAAAGGAGAGGCAUCGAAGCCUCCGGCCCCCCGAAUACCGCUACCCCUCGCGUUCACUGGGUUCGAUAAUAAGCCCAGAUCUCACGCUUCGUUGCCGGCGUUUAUGAUACCGACGGCGCCGACACCUCCGGUUGUAAACGCGACAACCGUCAAGGAGGAAGAGGCCGACGAGAACGAGGAAGACGACGAGUGGGGAGACAUGGUUUCGCCAACGACGGCCGAAGCCACUGAUUCUACAUCUAUUCCAAAGACGAGCUGGGAUUCAUUCUCGACCAACCCGCUACCCGAUGCCACGAUGACCCCGUCAUCCGACAGCUUCACGGCUAACAACCAUGAUCCCGAUGCACUCGGCGCCGGGAAUAACGACAAGCACGAUUCCCGCGACAAAUCAGGACCGGAGGAUAUUGGCAGUGUCAUCAGCCCCACCCCCGCCUCCACACCUCGUCCUGCAGCAGCAGGCGUACCCCAAAGCCAGGGCGGAACCUCCAGCCCGCCAGCGUCAACAUACACUUUCAGGCCAGCGUCCGCGGUGAAGCGACCAGCAAAUAUCUCCAUCGCGGCGACCCUCACGGACCCGCUGGCGCCAUUGACUUCUGUUAAAGCCGGCGUAUCUGCGGGAGGCCUAGUCGAAACCCCUCUUAGAACGGGCCCCGAUACAUCGUUCACAGCUCAGCCCCGGAAUGGCGCCGAGGAGUUUGCUCUUGUGCAGCAUUUUGUGCACAACCUGCCAGACUUGUCAUACAUGCUACGAUGAUGGUUUACCUUGGCAGCACGUUGCCGCGACCUAAUGUGGUAGAGAAGAAGAGCUCGGAGAUUUGGCAUCUAUGCAAGAGCGUUUUUAUCUUGAUCAUUUUAUCAUCAUCUAGGCAUGCUGCAUGUAGCGCAUCGAUUAUGUUUUUGGCGUUUCGGAAGCACCUUGGAAAAAUCCCGUAAGGGCCACCACCAUAGCAGGAGAUAUGGCAUACCGUAAAUACAUUUAGUGUCUGUACAAUAGAGUUG